CAGCCUAAUGCCGGUCAAAUGCCAUGAAUGCUGAUAGUUCUUCUCUACAGCCACGAUCUCGACUACAUACUAUACGUCCUGAACAAGGUAGGAACGAGACAACUUCGCCCUCAUCCCCACACCCUUGAACCGGCAUUAUCCACACGUAGAAUCCUCCCGCUUACAACCAUCCAACACAAUGAUAUCAAGAUGAUAAGAAAAUGCUAAGAAUACGUCCUUGGUAAAGCUUACGCCCAGACGACGAUCGCGCUCGGCGCUGCAAGCUAGUAUCGAAAACCAACCACAUCGCGUUGAUCUCGACCUAGAUCUCGACCUCGAGUGAGGGAAUGUCCAGCCGCACAUCUACAUUCCCGCCCAUGUUGCUUUCGAGUAUAGAUACGCAGUGUGUAGCUCAAUCAACUCAUCAGAUACACGACCAGAAUCCCAAGCAUGGGACACACACAAGAGCAAGGGCGAAAGACCACACAGUGAAUAUAUACAGAUCUAAAAGCACACGUGAGAAAGACACGAUAGCCGCCAUCCAUCCAGCCAGCCAACAUAUCCGCAUACAAACCAGCCUAAAGCGGGGGCCAAAAUCCUUCAGCCUUACGCCCUCCUACCUACCUUGGACGCCCUCCCCCCACCCCAUCGCAAACCCUGACCUACGAGGCGUAGAUCAAAGGACCAUAACCCCAAACCCCGCCUCUGGCUCCCAACCCUGGCUGGCUGGAUGGCCACAAUCCCGUCGGUUGUACUACGCAUGCGAGGCAAGCGAGGCCUGUGACGCUGGGGGGGAUGUAACGCGGGCGGAAUCGUGUGGGUGGCAUACUAGGGGCUUGGGUCUUGGGUUGCAGGAUGAUGGAGGGGAAGGGCGUGAUGUCGGGUUGGAGAUCUGAACUGGGUUUGUGUGUUGGCGCUGGCUUGGGGUUCACAUAGCCUACUGCGUGGGUGGGUAGAUACUCUGUUCUACGUCUUUGUGUCCGUCUGCCCGCUUCCCGUGUAGCUGUUUCCCACGGGUUCAUCUUCUGUUGAUUAAUUGAUUGAUUGAUGUCCCAUGCCCCAGGUUGUUGAACCCGCGGAUUUCGCCCAAUAGAACAGUGUUGUAGAGGGACGC